GUGUAUUAGAAUGUGUCAUCUGGUUUAGGAACGGUUGUAAAUGAAAAAUAGUCAACAAAACUCAACAUGCAAAGCAACAACAAAGCAAGUCAAUAAUUUAAUGUUGAUCUGAAAAACACUAUAAUCACACUCAGUAACCUGCUGUUAAAAAAACUAUAAAAAUCAUCCAAAAUUUUUAAGUAAAAUAGUAAAAUAAAAACUGUCUAAUAAUGAUGCAAUGCGAAGAACUGAAGGACGAUGAAGGUCCCUCGAAUACGUUGGAACAAUUCACGGAAUUGGAGCAAGUACUCGAAAUGAUCGAUACAAUGAAGGACUGUGAUGCGCCGGGCUUUGAAAAAGAAUACGAGCAGUACACAGAAGUUUUGUCGAGAUACCAAGAACAGCCACAUUUGCUCGAUCCUCAUUUGAACGUGUUGUUGGAGCGGCUUCUGGAGAGAGUUCGCAAUCGGGCGUUGCCAGAAGGAACUGUACAUGCCGCCUUCAAAUAUUUGUAUAUUAUUAGUAAAGUACGUACUUAUAAGGUGUUGGUGAAGUUUUUGCCACAUGAGCUGACUGACUUGGAAUUCGCAUUAGAUCUGCUCGAGCGUCAAAAUCCAAAUGAAUAUAAUCAUUGGGAGACGCGUUAUGUGCUGUUGCUUUGGAUGUCGAUAUUGGUAUUGAAUCCUUUUCAUAUGUCACGUUUGGAUGCAUACACCACAUCCAAAAGCGAGUCAAACACAGCUGGUAACUGUGUUGGCUCCACAAAAAUGUUGAAUCAUACGCAGAACAAAUCGAAAAUGGAACGUAUUUUUGAUCUCUGUCAGCUAUAUUCCGCUACAAAUGACACGUGUAGUAAUAUUGCUGCUUAUUUGGCAGCAAAGUAUUUAGUGCGCGCAGAUAUCAAAGAUGUCUACUUGGAGCGUUAUUUGGAUUGGGUGAUGGACCAACAUCAAUCAGAGUCUAGUGAUGCAAAAUUCGGUGAAUUAGCUGCUGUUGCAGACAUUUUGAAGCACGGUAAACGCGAAGAUUUGCUGCCAUACGCCGACAAAUUGCUCCAUUGGAUCGUUAGCUUACAGUAUAAGGAGAGCAAUGACUUUUUAAAAUACAAAAGCUACAUAAAGAUUGUACAGCGCAUAGGUUUGGUAUACUUAAAGCCGAGAUUGGCUGGUUGGCGCUACAAGCGGGGUACUCGUUCGUUGGCAAUGAAUCUGAAUAAGAAUACCAACACCGCCACUGAGGAAAGUGCUGGCAGAAAUGACAAUGAUCCUGAGAGUGAAAAAGAUGAUGGGGAAGAAAUCGUUGUGCCCGAUGCUAUUGAGGAGGUCAUUGAGGAAUUGUUGCAGGCACUACGUAGCGGUGGCAGUGAUAUUCGUUGGAGCGCUGCUAAAGGUAUAGGGCGUGUCACCAACCGUCUCAGCAAGGAGCUAGCUGACGAAGUAAUUGGCUCAGUCAUUGACAUACUAAAUCCACUAGAGCCGCACGAGGCAUGGCAUGGUGCUUGUUUAGCGUUGGCUGAGUUGGCAAAGCGCGGACUGCUUUUGCCACAUCGCUUGCGUACGCUGGUGCCACUGUUGAUGCAAGCACUCUUUUACGAUGAAAUGAAGGGUUAUAUGUCGGUAGGCCAGCAUAUACGCGACGCUGCAUGCUAUAUGUGCUGGGCAUUUGCGCGCUCAUACAAUCCAGAGGAUUUUCAACCUUUCGUAGAACAAAUAUCUUCUGGUCUGUUGACAGUAGCUGUUUUCGAUCGUGAAAUAAAUUGCCGAAGAGCCGCUGCAGCUGCAUUCCAAGAAAGUGUCGGCCGUCUAGGCAAUUUUCCACAUGGUAUAGAAAUUUCGACAGAAACUGAUUUCUUUUCAGUGGGUUUGCGACAAAAUGCUUACCUGAAUGUAGCUGAUUUUAUUUCACAAUUUGAAGAGUACCAAAAACCGUUGAUCGAUCAUUUGAUAGAAAGAAAAGUGAAUCAUUGGGACACAACAAUACGCGAAUUGACUGCGAAGGCUUUGCACAAACUGACAUUCCGUGCGCCCGAGUUCAUGUCCACUGUAGUUUUGGGGCAACUUUUUAGCAAGUCAGAUUCUAUUGAUGUCAAUAUGCGACAUGGCACUGUCUUGGCCAUUGGUGAGAUCACGUUGGCGCUGAGCAAGAUCGAAAAGAAAGAGGAAGAGAUGGCAAGCAAAAAAUUACUGUCGAAUCAGCUGUUAACCGAUCUCAAUGAGUUGUUACCCAAGUAUGUUCUACGCGACUCGUUUCGCGGUAUGAGCGGCGAAAUAAUGAAGCACUGUUGUACCGAUUUUAUAAAGAAUUGCAGCAUGGCGCGCAUCGAAACAUCAAUCACUUGUCUGGAAUCUUGGCAGUAUAUAGUGGACAAAUGUUUGCUAAAUAAAGCUGCAGCCAUACGCGAGGGCGCUACAGCUGCGUUCGCCGAGCUUUGUCGAUCCUAUUAUAACGGUGAACAUCGUGCAGCUGGAAACGCUGAUAUUAUACGUGGAUAUCUAAGGGGCGUUGACAACAGCUUGGAAGAGCACAUACGUAUGGGCUAUAUAAGCGCUUUGGGGGUGUUGCCUGAUUUUAUGAUUAUACCACAUUUAAAUGAUAUACUUGAAAGUCUGAUCAAAUACUCACUCACUCCAACACAAGCGACUAUUGCGACUGGCGAGAUGUUAAACCAACACGAAACCCUGGCAACGGGCACUUGGAGUGAGGCGAGGCGUGAUAGUGUCAAGGCACUCAGCACUGUGGUGCAGACUUUGGGUUUCGGUAGAGAGAGCACGGUUUCAUUUGGCAAUCCGCAGUACUUUAACAAAGUCGUGAACUGCCUGCUGAAGGCCUUGGAUGAAUACACAUUAGAUAAUCGUGGUGAUAUUGGCGCUUGGGUGCGUGAAGCCGCAAUGAAUGCGCUCUUCCAAAUAAUCACAACAUGCCCAAAGGAAUUACUGCAGCCGGAGCAAGUGCAUCAAAUUAUACUUGGCUUCACGCAACAAGCUGUUGAGAAAAUAGAUCGUACACGCGGCCUCGCCGGACGGCUACUCUCUCGUAUAAUUACCACUACUCCUCCUAUACCACACAUUCGCCAACAUGAACGCUUGCUGGAAGUGUUCCCUGAAGAUUUUAAUAGCGUGUUGUGGCUCUUUGCCGAUCAGACAUUCCCGCUGUUUUGUUCCCUACUUGAGUUGCCCGACUACUCUCGCAGAGUGCUGCUCGGGUUGAGCGCAAGCAUUGGACAGUUGACUGAAUCCUUGAUAAAAUACUCUUCGGUAGCAUUAUUUGAAUUCCUACGCACACAUCCUGCAGAAGUGCCACGUUUGUGUAAGGAAGUUGUCAUCAAUUUCCAAGAGAAUGUCUUGAAUGAGCGUGUCACCUACCCUAUGCUAAACUUCUUAGAUAUAUUAAUAAGCUCAGGCACCAUAAACGAUGUGCUAUUGGAUGACUCAAAUACGUUUGGUGAAGAUAUCUACCGCUUGCUGAACCUCGAAAUUAAAGGCCACAAAAAACUCUACAAAUUAGUAUCGAGCAUAAGUGUCUAUAGCCAGCUGGUGCAAGUGCCGAAUAUUUGCAAGCGUAUACUGUCUAAAAUGUCCAUAUUCCUCGGCCUCACGCAUGUGCAUGUGCGCAAAACGAGUGCCACUAAAUUAUACGAAGCGCUAGCGCUGCAUGGUGAUGCUUGUAACAUUCCCGAAGAGAAUAUGGAUGAGAUAUUGAAUUUAUUAUCUGAGACAGAUUGGGGUUUGCCUCUGAUUACAGUGCGUCCCAUACGUAAUAAGUUAUGUGCACUGAUGGGGAUAAAACCGCCAGUGAGUGGUGUUGCGAGCGCAAACACUGAACAGAUUGUUGUUAUUCCUGAAGUGAAUGCAGGUCUAAAUGCUACGGUGCGCAUUUUAAAUUAAACUUUUCCUUAUAAAAAAACUAACCUUGUUUGCAAAGUAUUUUAACAUUUAACACAUAACAUAAACCGAGUGAAGUUUUAUUAAUGGACUGCACAAUAAGCUAUCGAAUUCUGCUUAUUGUUCGAAAUUGAUUUGAAUGCGUUGCUUUGGAAUAAUUAUGAGCUGCC